UUUGCCCCCCGCGCGCUGGUCCGACCGGAGUUAGUUGAGGCUUAGAGGCGGGGAGGGUUGCGCUGGGCGCAUGGCGUUGCCAGGUGGAAAUAAGGAUAACAUCAGGGCAGGGUGCAAGAAAUGUGGCUAUCCUGGUCAUCUGACAUUUGAGUGCCGAAACUUUCUCCGUGUGGAUCCCAAAAGAGACAUUGUUUUAGAUGUGAGUAGCACAAGCAGCGAAGAGAGUGAGGAAGAAGAGCUGGGAAAACUUGAUGCUGUUCCAGAAAAGCAGGGUAUUCCUGAUGAAGAAGAAAAGAAAAAGAUCCAAAAGAAGAGCAAGGAAAAAUCAAAAUCAAAGAAAUCAAGAAAAAGAUCUCAUUCUUCAAGCAUCACAGAAGACGAUGAACCUAAAUCAAAAAAGCAGAAGUCCCAUAAAAAAGAAAAGAAGAAAGUAAAAAAGAAUAAAUCCAAGAAAAGAAAACAUCAUCACAAAAAGGGAGGAAAAAAACACAAAAGAGGAAAAGAUUCUUCAUCUUCCAAUAGUUCAGAUUCUUCUAGCAAUGAUUGAAAACCAAGAUUUAGGAUGAUCUACUUCAAUCCUAGUUCAAAUAAUGCCACAAGAUAUAUAUUCCUUAAUAAUUUAUUUCAAAAAUAUCUUUGUAUUAAACUUUUUGGGAGAGGGCGGAGGGAUUAAAGUCUUCAUUAUCUUUUGUGGGUUUCAAUCUAUUUGUACUUCCUGAUUGAAAAUUAUUUGACAUUAAAAUCUUAGAAGUAAUUGUUAUUUCUAAGAAUUUAAUCUCAACAAUUACAAAGUAUUCACAUACAAAAUACAGUAAUUUUAGUUGUACAGUCCUAUGGUUUUGUUUUACCACUUCUGAUAAUCAUUGGGUACCUGCAAAGGGACUGCUGUUCCACAGAUUCCAGAUCCCAUUUAUUUCCAUUAUAGGUCCCAGAAUGAGAAGGAAAAGAACCCCUCCCCAAUUCCAGAGUAAGCAUUUAUAUCCCUUAACUGGGAACACCUGGAAAAGUUCCACUUGCAUCAGCAUCCCUUCCAGUAGAAAACUAGCAGAGCAUGGAACCAGUAAUUUUCUCUCUUUAAUUUCUCUUUUUUUUUCCUGACCCAUGGAAAUGUUUUGUCUUUGUGUUCUGUUAUUAAGAUACAUGUUCUUUUACACGUUUAGUAAAACUAGAAGGGACUAUGUAUCUUAGAAAAUUUUGAAACAUACAAUCAUUGCUACUUAUAGUGGAUGAUUUUAGAACUAAUUCUAAGAGUAAGUAGUUCUAGAAUCAUCAGCUAUAAGUAGCAGUAAUUGUAUUGUGUACAGCAUGGGAGGGAAAGAAGUGUGAAGAUGUUGAAAGACUGUUGUAGAAUAUUAUAAGUGCACGUGUAGAAGCAUCUCUGGAUCAGGAUGCAAGUUUGUUAGAGUAAAUAUUGGGAAUUAAAUGAACAAAGUGGACAUUUUUAUGCACCCAAGUGAUUUUUUUCUAGUAAAAAAUCCUGUUUUUUGACCACUUGAACUAAAGAUGAAAACUAUUUUUAUGCUGCUUUUUUAUUUCCAUGUUGUUUCUUGCCAUUUAUUUGUAUAGAUGAAAAAUUAGAAUAUACUUUUUUUGGGACCAAAGAAGUAAACCUGAUUGAAUUUCUAAGCUAAAUGAUUGCUUUAUUGUGCUUAAUUUGCUGAAAAAUUAAAAAGGUCAUUAUUUUA